AUGCUUUUCAUUUCCUCUCCACAAUCGUUCCAAUUGCUCAAAGCCCUUCCAAUCACUGCAACACUCGAAGAUUCUUACGGCCACAAGCCUCUUUCUGUUCCAAGUCAACCGAGUACCAAAACCACCAUGCGUGCUUCUUCUACCUUACUUGCUCUCUUGGCUGCACCUCUUCUCGUAUCCGCGUGGAGCGAAAGUCUGAGGGAUUCGAUGACUUGGGCCGAGUUGCUGGGGACAAACCUUAUCUGUACCUACGAUUAUCCCAAUGAGCCAGGAGUGCCUGAAUCAUUUACUUCGUCAAUCAAUCUUCAUGAGUGUGUUGGUAAUUCCAAUGGAGCCCUUGUUGGACGUAGUUCUGGCUACGAUGCGACUUGUAAGGACUGCUCUGUCAGUUCUAUCUGCAGGCUAGAUUGUACCUGUACAGACGACGAUGGAGAUGAAGACCUAUCUAUCUUGGAUCUCGAUACUUUCAUCAGGAAUGAGGAUGGUGUCCUUACAUGCUAAAGAAGCCAUGGGUCUCAUUGAUAGUCCUAGUCUUUGACCACACUUCAGUAUGCAAUAUUAGUGAAGGUCAUCGAGAAGCAGGAGAGCGUUGAUUCAUUCUUUUCUAUUUCCUUUCUUGCCGAUUGAAUGCCGAGGGUUUGGGUGAUAUGAUCCGAUAGUUUGCCGUGUUCUAAGAGCUGAUAAGAAGAUCGGGACUCGUUUUUUGCUUGGUUCUAUUUACUUUGACUGCUUCGUGUUUGGGAAUUCUGCUUCAACUGUACUGUUACUCUAUGGGUAAGAGAGGGAGAAUACUUGUCAAGCUUUUACCCAUAUGAGAAAGCAAUCAACCUUGUC